AUGGCCUCCUAUAGGCCAUUCCCUGCACCACCACCACCACCACCACAACCAUCACAACAACCACCACCGCCACCACCACCACAACAACAACAGCAAAGACCAAAUCAGUAUACUCAAAAUUACAAUCCUCAAUUGGCCCCACCACCACCACCACAAAACUAUCAGAAUUUCUCACAACACUACCCUCAGCCGCCCCGUGCUGCCCCACCUCCUCCAUUGCCUCACCAACAAUAUCCUUAUCAGCCACCCCCUCCUCCUGAAUCCUCAUACCCACCUCCUCCUCCUCCACCAGCAUCACAACAGCAACAGCCACCACCACCCAAUAUGUACUAUCCGCCUUCGCAUUACGGUCAUCAACCAUUGCAGCAGCCAAUGCAGCUUCCACCUCCACCCCCUCCCCCAUCGUCUCCUCCGCCUAGUUCUUCAGCUCCACCCCCACCACCUCCCAACUCCCCACCCCCACCCCCUCCCAAGGAGAGUGCAGUUACGAGAGAUAAAGGAGUGUCUCGGGAGAGGAGAGAACAUGAUCAUUCCAAUCAUGGGAAACAUCAUCAGCAGCAGCACAAGUCGCAGCCUCCUCUGGUGCCGAAGAGGGCAAAUGGGCACUCAGGGAGGGUGGAGACAGAGGAGGAGAGGAGGCUGAGGAAGAAGAGAGAGUUUGAGAAGCAGAGGCAGGACGAGAAGCACAGGCAGCAGUUGAAAGAGUUGCAGAACCCAGCUCUGCAAAAGAACCAGAUGAUGUCUUCUCAGAAAGGGCAUGGUUCCAUUGUUGGUUCGCGAUUGGGGGAUAGGAGAGCCGCACCAUUGUUGGGUGGGGAGAGGACUGAGAAUAGGUUGAAGAAGCCAACGACCUUCUUGUGCAAGUUGAACACUCCAGUGACCACUGUUAUUAUUAUUAUUACCUCUGGUAGAUCAAGUACUGUAGUUCGAUGUGGUGUCUUUAGGGGUCUCAGAUUCCGGAAUGAACUUCCUGAUCCGAGUGCCCAGCCAAAGCUGAUGCCUUUAAAGAGAGAUAAAGAUCGAUUUACAAAAUACACGAUCACAUCUUUGGAGAAAAUGUAUAAACCUCAACUAUAUGUUGAGCCAGAUCUUGGGAUACCACUUGACCUGCUUGAUCUCAGUGUAUACAAUCCUCCUAGUGUGAGACCACCUCUUGCUCCAGAAGACGAGGAAUUGUUGCGUGAUGAUGAGUCGGUUACCCCUGUAAAAAGAGAUGGUAUAAGAAGAAAAGAACGGCCAACAGAUAAAGGUGUUUCUUGGUUGGUUAAGACACAAUAUAUAUCUCCCCUGAGCAUGGAGUCAGCUAAACUGUCUCUGACUGAAAAGCAAGCUAAAGAACUGAGAGAAAUGAAAGGAGGCCGUAAUCUUUUGGACAAUCUCAAUAACAGGGAGAGACAGAUCAAGGAAAUUCAAGCAUCGUUUGAGGCAAACAAGUUACCCCCUGUGCAUGCGACUAAUAAAAACUUACAUCCGGUCGAGAUUCUGCCUCUGCUACCUGAUUUUGAUCGGUAUGAAGAUAAAUUUGUUACAGCAACAUUUGAUGGUGCUCCUACAGCUGAUGCAGAAAAUUACAGCAAGUUAGAUCCAUCUGAACGUGAUGCCUAUGAAUCACGGGCUAUCAUGAAAGCUUGUGUGGCAACUGGUUCAGAUCCGGCGAACCCAGAAAAGUUUUUGGCAUACAUGGCACCUUCUUCUGGUGAGCUUUCAAAGGAUAUGCAUGAUGAAAAUGAGGAUAUCUCAUAUUCAUGGAUUCGCGAGUAUCAUUGGGAUGUAAGUGCCUCUAAUACGGGGGAUGAUGCCAAUGACCCUACAACAUUCCUUGUAGCAUUUGAUGAGUCUGAAGCUCGCUACCUGCCUCUUCCCACAAAGAUUAAUUUAAGAAAGAAGAGAGCCAUAGAGGGAAGAUCAGGUGACGAGAUUGAACAUUUUCCUGUACCCUCAAGAGUAACUGUGAGGAAAAGAGCCAUUGCUGCUACAAUUGAACAGAGGGAUUCUGGGGCUACUUCGAGUUCGAGGGGUAAUACUUCAAGGAUGGGAAGGUUUGAGGAUGAUGAUGGCCUUGGAAGACUACAGAGGGUUGCUCUAGAUGAGGACCUUGACCAGUCUAGUGGGGCUGAAGAUGAUAUGUCUGAAUGA